GGAGCCAGCAAUAUUAAGACCUGCAAAGCUGACACUCAAUGAUUUUUUUACUCAGAGACACCACAGUGAGGCAGGUGGCCUCGGCUCAGAUUGGUAGCUGUGGCGUAGAAGCCAUCCUAGCCGUACUCACUAAGGCUUGAGGUGAGGUUUGGAUCCUCCCUGACCAUCGGAGCGUGGGCAGAGUUAGAGGAGCUUCACUUUCUUGCCUGGUGCGGGGAGACCGACACACGCCAGGCACGAGGCUCCCCGCUCCUCCCCUCUCCCACUCUGCCUUUUCCUGGGCUUCCGUUCAAAGUAUGACUGGCUCCAGAGGACCCAAGAAGAGGAACGCAGCCUGAGGAUACAGUAAAGCAGCUCCAGCCCUGCCUGCCCGCCUGCCUGCUGGGAAACAAAACAAAACAAAAAGAUCGGGAAGACAGGAUGCGAGGCGGGCGUGGAGACGGACAAACAGACAGAAGGACUGACAUAUGGAAGAGAGCAGUGGGCACUGUGGCGUGAAUGUAGCAACUGGACUUUUCUCCCUGGUUACUGAGACCAAACAAUCCUGUCCAGCGAGGUGGAUGCAGCUUUCAUCAGGCUGCUAAAGGGCAAAGCAGAGACUGAAUAGAAGCUGCAGAGACAUAUGGUUGUUCUACAUUGUAGGGAUAGAGAGAAAAUGGUCAGUUACGUCCAAGUAGACUUUGGUUGGAUCGCUAUCUCUUAUUAAACAUUGUUUGCACAAACUUGCAGCAAAAAUUACAGUCUUUUUUUCAUGGACUUUGCCGACCACAUUGAGUCUACCUGCAGGAUUUAUAUGUGACUAAUCGUGAGUAUACUUUCUAAAUGAAGAUGGCCGAGUGCAUUCGGACUGUGUACCUGACGCUGAUGCUGCUGUAUCUGGUUCUGCUCGGUACGGCUCACACAGCGCACAGCACCUACCCGAGGAUACGGCUCACUCACAAAGAACUCUGGCAGCUGAACAGGACCUGGGUGUUCCAGGGCCAUGGGACGGCGUCGCUUCAGCCCCAGACCAUGCUGCUGGACGAAGGCCACGGGAGGCUUUAUGUCGGGGCCAAGAAUACUCUGUUCUCCCUUAGCCUGGACCGGGUCAACACACAACACAGAGAGAUCCAGUGGGCCAGUACAGGAUCUCAGAAUGAGGAAUGUUUGAUGAAGGGAAGGGAAAAGUCGGAGUGUGCUAACUACAUCAAGGUCCUGCAACAGUACAACCAAACUCAUUUGCUGGUCUGUGGAACAGGAGCCUUUAACCCCAUCUGCGCCCUGGUCAGAAUGGGACACACAGGGCAGGACAGGCCGUUUGCUCUUGAGGAAGACAGCAUCAUGAGCGGCAGAGGACGGUGUCCAUAUGACUACAACAGCCCUUCCACGUCUACGCUCUCCAGAGGAGAGCUGUAUAUCGGCCUGUACACAGAUUACUGGGAGAAUGAUGGAGCGUUUUGUCGACUGAACAACCAGACCUACACGCGCACUGAACGAGACGACAAGCAGCAACUUAAUGAGCCUAAAUUUGUGGGGUCUGCAGUUAUUCCCGACAACAAUGACAGAGACGAUGAUAAAGUGUACUUCUUCUUCACUGAGCGGGAGAUGGAUUCUGAGGGAGGGAACAAGGCGGUGUUCACUCGUGUGGGCCGAGUCUGCGCGAAUGACCAAGGAGGACAGAGAAUGCUGGUGAACAGAUGGAGCUCCUUCCUGAAAACCCGUCUCAUCUGCUCUGUGGCCGGACCGAAUGGCAUCGAUACACACUUUGAUGAACUCGAGGAUGUGUUUGUGCUUAACAACAAGGACGGGAACAACCCUGAAAUAUUUGGCCUCUUUAGCACGACAAGUGCGGUGUUCAAAGGCUUUGCAGUAUGUGUCUACCACAUGGAUGACAUAAGAGCAGCCUUUAAUGGUCCAUUCGCCUACCGAAAGAAACCUGAGCAUUACUGGACAGCUUAUGAGGACAGAGUCCCCUACCCUCGACCUGGAUCUUGUGCCAGUAAAGUGAACAGAUGUGGCUUCUCAAGUUCCAAGGAGUUUCCCGAUGAGGUUUUGCGGUUUGUGCGUUCCCACCCUGUGAUGUAUCGCCCUGUCUUUCCACAUCGCGGGAGGCCUGUGCUGCUGCAGACAGAGACAGGCAGGAGAAAGCUGACCCAGAUCGCCGUGGACAGAGUCCAAGCGCAGGACGGACACUAUCAUGUACUCUACAUCGGCACCGACGACUCGGUGGUGUUAAAAGUAAUCACCAUCUACAACAAAGACACAGACACUACGGAGGAGGUGCUGCUGGAGGAGCUGCAAGUAUUUAAGGUGCCAGCACCAAUCAGAGAGAUCAUAAUAUCACCUAAACGGCAGCGGCUGUAUGUUGGGUCAGAAGCGGGUGUGGCCCAAGUCGCACUGCAUCAGUGUGACCUCUAUGGCUCAGAAUGCGCCGAUUGCUGUCUAGCCAGAGACCCUUACUGUGCCUGGGAUGGUCUCACCUGCACCAGAUACUACCCUGCUGGAAUUUACACCAAAAGAAGAUUCAGACGGCAGGAUGUUCGCCAUGGCAACGCUGUCCAGCUGUGCAAUGGGCUGCAAAUUGAGGAUGAACCAUGGCAGCGAGCCGAGGAGAGGCUGGUGUACGGUGUGGAGAGCAACAGCACUUUACUAGAGUGUGUCCCUCGAUCACUUCAAGCCACGGUCCUCUGGUUCCUGCAAAAAGACGGAGAGAAACACGAGGUUCGAGGUGAUGAGCGAGUUAUCGUCACCUCCCACGGGCUGCUGUUUCUGCGAGUGAGAAGCUCCGACGCCGGCGUGUACGUUUGCGAGGCCAAGGAGCACGGAUACGUGCACACGUUGUUACGCCUAUCUCUGCGCGUACUCAGUGGCGAACGGGUGGAGUCAGCAAUGCACCCAGCCGACGACGGGGAAGCGGCCAAAUCUGCACUGCCGUGCCCCUCCUCCAUGGGCCCCCCCCCCAGAUCCCAGUUGUGGUACAAGGAGUUUCUCCAGCUCAUCGGCUACGGGGAUGCUCAGAGGGUGGAGGAGUACUGUGAGAGAGUGUGGUGCUCUGAUAAAAAACGCAAAAAGGGCAAACGGAAGUAUUCUCCUCCGAGUGGCGAGAGGAGAGGGAAGGGCAGAGGAGAGGAGAACUCCCACCGAGCGCCCCGGCACACCGCGGACACCUGAGGAGGACAGAGCUCCACUAAACACGCACACACAUGCAUGUGCACGAACACACUCGAGAGGUGGAACUCAAUCUUUGGUUGCACCAUAUAAAGGCUUUUCACUUUGUUUUUAACCACGGUAGUAAGAGAAUAACAGUAGUAGGUUGCUGUAGCGAGCUGUCUAGGGGUUCUAGGGAUAUUCAUCAUUGGUCUGACUUUGAUGUUUUGCUUUUUUGUAUAGAUAAACUGAUUAUGUGAUCAAAACCCUGUGUAAAUAUGUCAGUGUCAGGGCAGUAGAGGACACACGAGGAGAUGGAAGACAGACUGUCUCUGAUCUGUAGAGAGAUAUAUGAAGAGAAUAUAACGGUGGACCGAUCCAGCCCAGCAGUCAAUCCAAAUGGACACAGACGUUACCACAGCAGACACGAGGCGUCAUUCAAUGGCUCACAACGAUGAACUCUUACUGUAUGUAUUAUGAGAGAAAGCUCUGUUCAUGGUAAAGGCCUAAUAAUCGUUUUAUUUUUUGGUACUAUGAUAAUUUAUUUGCUUGGUUCAUGCUUGGAGUUCCGUAGUUGUUUUUAGUUGUCACAAACGUUUGUGACAACUAAAAACAACUACGGAACUGUACAAAAACAACAAACUAUUGUUGUUUUUGUACAGUAAAUAAUGUCUCAAUGCUGCAAUUCCACUAUCACUGAUAGUUGAGUCAAGUUUUAGUAAUAAUAAUGCCCUCCAUGGAAUCAUUACUAUUCAAGCACUCGUGAAAAACUGUUUCAGUAGAUGAAAAGUAGUCCCAUAGAAGAUUUUAUUGUGUUAUUUACAUCAACGGACCAACUCUAC